GGAACUAAAGAGCAUUGUGCUGCAUGUUUCAAGGGGGACCUGUUUACAGUCCCACGGACAAAAUCAUUUCCCGUUUCUUAACUCACGGAGAAACAACGCUGUGUGGCCUAAUCAGUAGAUUAGGUAGCUAGUCUUGUUUAUUCUUCGCCUUCAUAUCGAAUUUAGGCUGUUCGUAUUAGUGGACAUAAGACGAAAACUAUGCCUCUGUCCGAUCAAGAACAGAGAGGCUCCAGGAGACGACGACGGAGCCGAUCUGGCAGCGGCAGUCGAUCUCGCGACUCCAGUCCAGUCUUUGGGCCCAUGCCCAAGGCCCCCAGAUAUGAAGAAGACCAUAAACCUCCCCGAAUGUCCGAGAGAGAAAGAGAAAUGAGAGAGAGAAAUGCCAAAAGGUUUCGUACGGAAAACCCCCGCAGUCGUUCUAGAUCUCGAGAGAGGUACAGUAACCACAGCUGGUCCGAUCAGCGCGGUGGCGGCGCUGGUAGAUACGGAGGUGGUGGUGGCAGGAAUGAUUACUACGAACGGGAUGAUGCUCAACGCCAGAGACAAGACGCCUUCAUCUCCAGGCGGCUACAAGAGAGGGAGAGAAUUGGUGAACUCGGAUCACCUGAAGUCUGGGGCUAUUCACCAAGAGUAAUGGCACCAGACUCUGAUGAACAUACCCCAGUUGAAGAGGAUGUGAAAAACAGCAGCUCAGAUUCAAGCUCAUCCGAUGAUAAGAAGAAGAAAAAGAAGAAGAAGAAAUCCAAAAAGAAGAAGAACAAGAAACACUCCAAUGACAGCGAGUCAGAGUCGGACUCUGGUGAUGAGGAAGUGAAAAAGAAGAAAAAGAAGAAGAGCAAAAAGUCAAAGAAGUCCAAGAAGAGGAAGGCGAAGAAGAACCGCAAGCAGUCAGCGAGCGACUCCAGCAGCGACGGGUCGGAGGAGGACGCCAACGGGGAUCUGUGGGUGGAAAGGACCUGCAUCGACGAACACAUGGUGGGCCCUGAGGCCCCACUCACUCACCUGUCCCAGGAUGACAAGCCUCUCGAUUUUGGUCAUGCACUGCUGCCGGGUGAGGGUGCCGCUAUGGCAGAGUACGUGAAAGCAGGCAAGCGUAUCCCAAGAAGAGGUGAAAUUGGGUUGACCAGCAACGAAAUCGCAACCUUUGAGAUGUCAGGCUUUGUGAUGAGCGGUAGCAGACAUCGUCGUAUGGAGGCUGUGCGUCUGAGAAAGGAAAACCAGAUCUAUAGUGCUGAUGAAAAGAGAGCUCUGGCAUCUUUCAACCAGGAGGAAAGGAGAAAGAGGGAGAGCAAAAUCCUCUCCAGCUUCAGAGAAAUGGUGUACAGGAAAACUAAAGGCAAAGAGGAGAAAUGAACCAUUUUGUUUCUCUCCUUUCAGAACUUUCAGCUUUGGAGACCAUUUUUUACAAACAUUAUCUUUCGUUGUUUAGUUUCCCAUCGUUUCAUGAUUUGAUAAUGUAAUUUUUUUCCCCUCUUUGUAUUGUGAACUAGGCCUAUAUUUUAAGCAUCUGACACAGUGGACUAUUUUGUUUAUGUAGAAAGUUGUCAGAAAACAAAUAUUGGAAAGGGCUUGUUUUCCUGGGGUCACAAAGCAAACACAAGAAUGGACCAGGAAGCUAUACUUAGCCUAAUACAAAAUGUCUCUAUACACUAUUACAAUAUUGUGCAUCCCAACAUAAAUCAAAUCCAUCCCUGAACCUUCUACCUAUUAAUGUAACUUUUAAUGUUGGAAAAGUGCCUGUAAAAUCACAAGUUACGUGUUCAGGAUUAAUAAAUCAUUUUAAAAAAUAGUGGGGUUGUAUGCUUUAUUUAAUAGGUAAAUUUAGAUGUUUAAAAUUAGGUUUGAUUGUCUCUGGGAAAUGCAUUUUAGAUAUUGGUUAUUCUACCUUGACUUUAUAUCGUUCACCUUUUUAUUAUUCUAAACCUUGAUGCCAAGAAGCUGAUGCCAGGGAGAUGUGCAUUUAUUUAACUGGCACUGGCUUCAGUCAAUACAAAGUCUCUGACUGGAAGAAUUGUAAUUCUUUGGCACGAUGUGCUUUAGGAAGCGGAAGGAGAUUGGGGUCAAUAUAGCAAUGAGGGUUUGUUUAAAUGCAAGCUUCCAACCCGCUCGUCUUGGUAUCCCACUGUUUCGUUAGCUGCAGCCCAACUGCUGGCAAAGGCCUAGCACUGAAAACCAAGCCAUUCCUCUUGUAAACAACAUUCAAAUGUCUGGUGGUAGGAGACCAGUUCAUUGUUUUACCCUAUUAAACAAAUCUGUUUUGCUA